AUGUUAACCCUUGACGACCCAAUGGUACCUGACGGUAGCGCCAGAAAGCUAUUUCACCCAGACUUCAUGCAAGGUUAUCUGAAUAAUGGUCUAUUGGUAUCAUUCGCCGUUUUGAAACAAUACAAUAUAACUAUACGACAAUUAUUACAGUGGAAGUCUGGUGUGAGUGCGAUUGAUCGAUAUCGUGCUUAUCUUGAAAAUCAUCAGUUAGGAACUGAUGAACAACAAGAAGAUUUCAUUUGUAACUGCACAACUAUGGGGACUUUUGGUGUUUUAUGUGAAUAUCAAUUUUCAAAAAGCACUUUUGAAGACACGAUAAAGUCUCAAUACGCACAGAAACUAAGAUAUCCACUUGGUAGUCAAUUGUUCGGUAGUACAACAUGUUACAAAACAUCGUUUCCAUGUGAUUAUGGUAAAAUGUGUCUUGAUUGGCGAAAUAUUUGUGACGGAAGUCAACAUUGUGUGGAUGGUACAGACGAGCACUAUUGUGAACAUUUGUUAUUCAAUGAAUGUGAUCCAGAGACAGAAUAUCGUUGUAGAAAUGGCAUGUGUAUCGAUGAAGAAUAUUUUCUCGAUGGAGAUAUUGAUUGUCAAGAUCAGUCAGAUGAACAACGUCAUUUAAUUUAUGCCGUUAGAACCUUAUGUUUCGCGCAAUUCAAAUUAGACUGUGACGAAAGAAUAUUAGAAAGUAAACAGCUUAUUUCGUGUGGUGAUGGAUCACAUAUAUCGCUCAAACAACUGUACCGACUUCAAUCAAAGUCUACUAUCGGUGACACCUGUACUUCCUUUCGUGAUAGACAGUGGAGGUGUGAAUUGAAUGAUCGACAGGUCAUGUGGACAAAUCCAGAGAAUGGACAUUGUUUAGACUAUGUCGAUAAUAUAACAAAUGUGGGAAAAGAAAAAGAUAGUUGUAUAUUCAUACAUAAAUGUGCAUUAACAAGACAACGUCAACAUUAUUUGUACCCGUGUACUGGUAAUGAUUGUCGUACUUAUUUUCAUCAUUACUGUGCAUCAAAUAAUAUUUCACUACUUGCUUAUCCAUCUGGACGUCUAUUCACUCUAUUUGCCGAGACUUACUACGAAAGUUAUGUGCAUGAUUUUGAUCGUAAUCAAUGGCCAGAUGUUUUUAUUUUCACUCGUAGUAUUCGAUGUAAUGACGAGAUGCGAGCAAUACCAAAUAUAACAAGUCAAAAAGAUUGGAUGUAUAGUGAAUUUACGAUAUUGCAAGCUGUAAAAACAUAUAGUAGUCAUCCAUUGGAAUUUUUUUUGUGUGAGAAAUAUCAGUCUAUGAAUCCCCAUUUAACGAGCUUUGGAAAUUGUUGGAAUGACUCAUAUCCAGAUCAAGCGAGAUAUUGUUAUGCUUCAUUGCCAUACAAAUGUAUUUCAAAAUAUCAUAUUAAUGAUGGCUUUCCUGAUUGUGCACGUUCGGAGGAUGAGAAAACGGGUAAUUGGUUUGAAAAUUGUUCAUCUAUUCGGACACAUCGUUUUCAAUGUUCACAAGAUGACCAAACGUGUUUAACAGUUGUGUCAGUUGGAAACAAUCGUGCUGAUUGUAGAAAAAACAAUGACGAUGAAUACUCUGUAAAGCAUAAUGUUGAACUCAAUCGUCUCAAGUGUGCUAGUAGAAAUUCUGAUGAUUGUAUAUUUCUGCGUCAGUAUAUUGCCGAAUCACCUAUUCUAAAUACAGAUACUAGGGAAGAAAUCGAUAAUUCAAUAAAAUUCUGGGAUUAUUGUAACUCUUAUUGGGAACAAAAUUUUGGUGAAGAUGAACUGGAUUGUCAUCAGUGGAAAUGUCCAAUACAUUAUUCUGUACAACAAUUUUAUCAAUGUCAAACAGGUCAAUGUAUUUCCUCGAAAUUGUUAUGUAAUGGUGAAUGGGAUUGUUCAGAUGGUUCUGAUGAAGAAGGCAUUCAAAUAUUAACAGAAUAUACUAUUGGUGUCCAUAAUUUGAAAUUAUUUCAUUUAUUACAGACAAAUUUAUCGGAGCAGAAACAACGUUGUUCAAAACAGAAUUCAGAACGUUCUUUCAUACAAUUGUGUAAUCUCAAAACUGAAUAUCCUUGCUUAUUGGCCAAUGUAGAUGAUGCAUUGAACUUUCAAUUAAAUCGGCCAUGUAUUAAUUUAACACAAUUGGGUGAUGGUCGUAUUGAUUGUUACGGAGGAUUAGAUGAAAGAAAUAUAUUAAGUUGUUCAAUUUAUCAACAAUUAGGCUUUGGAUUUAAGUGUGACAUUAAUGAUAGGUGUAUUGCAAGGAGACAACAAUGUACUACUAAAAAUCGCUGUUCUAACGGUAAUGACCGUUUCCUAUGUAUUUAUUUGUAUAACAACUCAUAUGUAAGUUGUGAUGGUCAACAUUCAACGGACACUGUAACAGAUGUUUAUUGUCUUAAUGGAACAUGCGUGCCAAACUCACGCUGUAAUGAUUUAGUAGAAUGUCCAUAUGGUGAAGAUGAAUACUAUUGUCCAACUGGUACUUCUGCUAGAUCUUCAUCUUAUCGUGCAGGCUUCAUAAAAUCUGUUUUUUCUCCUAUUAAAAUACGAUUACCAAAUUAUCCUCCGUAUUUUUUCCAAGUAAAUAAAUCCAAUGAGAACAAUGAAAAGAAUGAAACAUUAAAAUUGCAGACAUCAAUAAUUGUUAUUCAAAUUCAGAACCCAUCUACAAAGUCAUCAAGACAAGACAUGGCGACUCAGCACUCUGCAGAAGGAUGGAUAUGUAAUCGUGGAGUAGCGGCAAUGCAAAAAUCGUUUGGAAAAAAUAAGACAAUUGUGAAAUGUUUUUGUCCGCCUAGUUAUUAUGGAGAUCGGUGUGAGUUUAUGAGUGAUCGAAUAACAGUGUUCAUUCGUUUUGAAGAUCAAACGAAUAGUUUGUUAAAAGGUAUUAUUAAAAUUUUAGCUCUUCUCAUUGUUACCGUUGAUAAUACAACAACAGUUGUCGAUCAUCACGAAGUUCAUUUCACAUCAAUAGUUGCUAAUUUCGGAGAGAAACAAAAAUUCUAUUUCGUUUAUCCUCGACCUCAUCAAUUACGAUCAAAUACACAUCAUUAUACUAUUCGUUUCGAAGCAUAUCAAUUGAAUGAAAAUGACAGUAUUGAGUUUCUAGCUGUUUGGAUCUAUCUACAGUGA